CUUCAGCUGGCAACAAGGUAACUUGUUGACAUGGCGGCGAAGAGAAAGCGUGAAGCUGUCGACGACGGCGGAGAAUUCACCAAGUUUGACGUGCCCAAACACAUCAAAAGUCAGGAAAAGCGGCUCAUUGUCGUUCUGGAAAAAGCUAACCUCGAGUCUGUCAAGGUCGGCAAGUCGUUCGAGCUGUUAAACUGCGAUGACCACAUCCAGCAGAUGCGCAAGUUCAAGAAGGACCCGGCUUUCUGUCGGCCGGACAUUACUCACCAGUGCCUGCUGAUGCUGUUUGACAGCCCAUUGAACAGAGCGGGCCUCCUUCAAGUGUAUGUCCGCACAGAAAAGAACGUGCUCAUAGAAAUCAACCCACAAACCCGGAUACCUAGAACUUUCAAGCGGUUUUCUGGGUUAAUGGUUCAACUCCUGCACAAGCUUUGCAUCAGGGCUGGAAGUGGAUCUGUAAAACUCCUAAAAGUCAUCAAGAACCCCAUCACAGAUUGGCUACCUGUGGGCUGUCGGAAGAUAUGCAUGUCGUUACAUGCCGAUAAGCUAGUCAGACCAAGGGAGCUUGUCCCUGAAACUGAUGAGCCAAUUGUUGUGGUUAUCGGUGCCAUGGCUCAUGGUUCGGUGGAUCCCGACUACACGGAAGGUUCCUUCUCCAUCAGCCAGUACCCGCUCUCGGCCGCACUGACCUGUUCGAAGCUGUGUUCUGCCUUCGAAGAGGCUUGGGGAGUGCACUGAUCAUAAUUUGCUCGACUAACCAUUGUCUGUGGUCACUCACAUACCAUCUUUGGGCAGGGGGAGCCAAGAGACUCAGCUGUACAGCACGAGAGAAGAGCAGAAAAAAAAAAUACAUGUUUUAUCACCGA